AUGCCUAUGCUUCGCAACCCCUCCGAGAAAUAUGACUCUUUUGACCCUCCAGAUCUUCCAGAUAGAUCAUGGCCCUCCAAAAAGCUCACAAAGAGGCCACGUUGGUUGGCAACUGAUCUGCGUGAUGGAAACCAGGCUCUUGCGUGUCCAAUGAAUGUGGAGCAAAAAUGGGAGUAUUUCCAAAUGCUCCUUCGCAUCGGAUUCAAAGAGAUCGACAUCUCCUUCCCCAGCGCAUCCGAUACCGAAUACAAUUUUACCAGGAACGUCGUCGCCUCUGCCCCCUCAGACGUAUGGCUACAGGUCCUCUCGCCAUGCCGAAAGGAACUUAUUCGACGCACAGUUGACAGCGUGACUGGCGCAAACAAGGCAAUCAUUAGUUUGUACAUCGCAACAAGUGAGAGCUUUAUCACAACAAUGUUUGAAUCUACUCAAGAAGCCGUCCUCCGCACAGCCGUCGAAUGUGUCGAGUACACCCGCUCCAUCACCAAGGAUGAUCCUUCUCAACAAGGCACCACCUGGAACUUGAUGUUCAGUCCCGAAGCAUUCUCAGACACAGAACCAUCUUACGCUAUUGCUGUCUGCAAGGCUGUGAAAGAGGCCUGGGGCCCCUCAGAUGAUAUCCCCAUUAUCCUCAACCUACCCGCUACUGUGGAGCGGUGCACACCAAACACAUACGCGGACCAGGUGGAGAUCUUCUCUCGCGCGUUCGCAGAUAAUGAGGAUGUCGUCGUCUCUCUACACCCGCACAAUGACCGAGGGUGUGCCGUCGCUGCCGCUGAAUUGGGACAACUGGCGGGUGCUACUCGUGUCGAAGGUUGUCUCUUCGGAAACGGCGAGCGAACGGGCAAUGUUGACAUUGUUACCCUCGCCCUGAAUCUAUAUAGUCAGGGUGUUGACCCGGGCCUUGACUUUUCUGAUCUGCCUUCCAUCCGGAAGAUAGUAGAGAAGAUCACGCAGAUCCCUGUGCAUCUCCGUGCUCCUUACGCCGGUGACUCAGUCUUCAUGGCGUACUCUGGGUCUCACCAGGAUGCUAUAAAUAAGGGGUUCAAGAAAUGGCGUGAUGGAAAGACCGCUCCUGGCCUGGGCAGCAUCUGGAAAGUGCCUUACCUCCCUAUCGAUCCUGAGGAUAUCGGUGCGACAUACGAGGCUGUUAUCCGCAUUAACUCUCAGAGCGGAAAAGGCGGUGUUGCCUGGGUCCUGCAGCGAACAUUGAACCUGGAAUUGCCGAAGGAGUUCCAACAGGCGUUUUCCAAGGUCGUCAAAUUUGAGUCAGAGGAGAAAGGACGCUGGCUUACAGAGGCAGAAAUCACACAUUCGUUCCUGCGCCAUUAUUCCAUUUUGGAGAAUGAUUCACGUAUCCUGGAGUGCUCAGUGACUACGAAACCGGAUGGCUCUGGUCGCGUUAUCAUGCGAUCUAUCAUCUUAGUUCGGGGCCGCCCGCGGGAGGUCGUGGCUUCGGGUGAGAAUUCCGCUGACGCUGUUUCAUUUGCGUUUUCUUCCUUGGCUGCUCUCAAUUUAGAGCUUGAGGUUGUUCUGCGAAGUAUCCAGGGAGCUGAUGGAGAGCCGCUCGUGAUUGCGCUGGUCAAGUGUAGGGAUGUUUGGCGCGCGAGAGCUGCCAAGCGUGGAGAUGUUGCUAUUGCGUUGGCAUGUUUGUCCUCAGCACUGGUAAGUGUUUCCCCUACCCGAAUUCGUCGUUGGAAUCGACGCUGA